AUGCACAGGGAUCUUAAGCCGGAGAAUUUCUUGUUUAUCAAUCAAAAGGAGGACUCGCCCCUGAAGACCAUCGAUUUUGGCCUGUCCAUCUUCUUCAAGCCAGGCGAGAUGUUUACAGAUGUCGUUGGAAGCCCAUACUAUGUUGCACCUGAGGUUCUGCUAAAAUACUAUGGCCGUGAGGUUGAUGUCUGGAGUGCUGGUGUCAUAAUCUAUAUCCUGUUGAGUGGAGUCCCUCCAUUCUGGGAUGAAAGUGAACAAGGGAUAUUUGAACAAGUUUUGAAAGGUGACUUGGACUUUUCGUCAGAGCCCUGGCCUAGCAUCUCAGAGAGUGCAAAGGAUUUGGUCAGGAAAAUGCUUAUUCGUGAUCCAAAGAAGAGAUUGACUGCCCAUGAAGCCUUAUGUCACCCUUGGGUUUGUAUUGAUGGAGUUGCUCCUGACAAGCCUCUUGAUUCCGCUGUUCUAAGCCGGCUGAAACAAUUUUCUGCAAUGAAUAAACUAAAGAAAAUGGCCCUUAGGGUUAUUGCUGAGAGUUUAUCUGAGGAAGAAAUUGCAGGAUUAAAAGAAAUGUUCAAAAUGCUUGACACUGACAACAGUGGUCAUAUCACAAUGGAGGAACUAAAAACUGGCUUGCAGAGAGUUGGUGCUAAUUUAAUGGACUCAGAAAUCAAUGCUCUAAUGGAAGCAGCGGAUAUCGACAAUAGUGGCACAAUUGAUUAUGGGGAAUUCAUUGCUGCAACUUUGCAUAUAAACAAAGUUGAAAAGGAGGAUAAGCUCUUUGCUGCUUUCUCAUACUUUGACAAAGAUGGCAGUGGUUACAUAACUCAAGAUGAGCUCCAAAAGGCAUGUGAGGAGUUUGGUAUAGGGGAUACCCGACUUGAGGAUAUUAUUGGGGACAUCGAUCAGGACAAUGAUGGCCGGAUCGACUACAAUGAGUUUGUUGCAAUGAUGCAGAAGGGAGAUAAUCCUCUGGGAAGAAAGGGACAUCAAAGUAAUGCUAAUUUUGGUCUUGGAGACGCACUUAAGCUUCGGAGCAGAUGUUUCCCUUCAUAG